AUGAUCAUUCUGUCCACCUGUAGUACCCGUACCGAUGGGGCAUUCUUUCUUAAUGAUCCUUAUGAACAUCCUCUUGUAUCUCUGCAAGAUGAAAGGAUCGAAUCCGUCAGUGCCACUGCCACUACUACUACUACAAUCCAAAAAAUACUUCGGGAAAAAGCGAAAACGUUCGGGCAAAGUGCAGAGGAGAUUCGGAAAGUCAAAUAUUAUCUGGAGGAAAUUCAAAAAUUUGAGGCCAAACAGCAUCCAGAGGAAGUCUUUCAACGACACACCACAAAACUUUCCGAAGCGCACAGCGAUGAAGAACUUGAUGAACUUUAA